AGGAUGGUGGUCUUCUAGAGUACUUCUUUGGCAGUGAUGGAAGCAAACGCCUUGAACGUGAAAAAUUUGUCCAAUUCUUGAGAGACUUGCAUGGUGAAAUGCUGAGAUUGGAGUUUGCUCAUUAUGAUUACAAGUCAAAAGGCACUAUUUCUGCUAAAGAUUUUGCCUUGUCUAUGGUUGCAUCCGCUGAUAUGAGAUAUAUAAACAAAUUUCUCGAUCGAGUUGAUGAACUAAACAAGGAGCCAUCUCUAAAAGACUCACGUUUUACAUUUGAAGAAUUCAAGAAUUUUGCUGAGCUUCGCAAAAGAUUGCAGCCGUUCUCCAUGGCCCUAUUCAGUUAUGGAGAAGUGAAUGGACUACUGUCAAAGAAAGACUUCAAAAGAGCAGCCGAACAAGUUUGUGGCAUAUCCCUCUCUGAUAAUGUUAUCAACAUGGUAUUUUACAUGUUCGAUGCCAAUCUAGAUGGGAGUUUAAGCUCCGAUGAGUUCUUGAGAGUUAUGGAAAGGCGAGAAAUGGAGAUUUCACAGCCAAGGGAUGCAGGUUUUACAGGGUUGAUAUCAUGCUGGAUGGACUGUACAAAGAAUUGUUCUUCAAAGAAGUUAUUCUGAUUAUUGCCAAAGACAGGGUUCAAUUAGUUUGGAAACUGAAUGAAAUUGUAAAGAAAAAAACAUAGGCCUUUCAAAUUUGAGAAGAUCAACAACUGGAUCAGAAAUUUGACAGGCCACGAUGAAGGCAUUGAUGUAUUUGACAGGACUUUUUUAUACUGUCCAGUGUCAUCAGUAAAUGCUGAUACAUUAU